GCCAGAUCAAAACCUCACAUGUCACUAGAAUUUAGCCUUUUACAACCCAGUGGCGUUCACGUUAAAGUUGUCCAUCGUAACUUCAUUUCCGGAACAACUACAAGAUGUCGGGUUCACUUGAUAUAUUACAGUUAGAUAAGUCAGAUGUUGUCAAGUUUCUUGCCAGUGGCACUCACCUUGGUGCUACCAAUGUCAACUUCCAAAUGGUCAGCUAUGUCUACAAACGAAAGCCAGAUGGUAUCCACAUAAUUAACUUGAGAAAAACAUGGGAGAAGUUGGUUCUUGCUGCUAGGAUUAUUGCAGGCAUUGAGAAUCCAGAAGAUGUUUGUGUCAUCUCCUCAAGACCCUAUGGAACUCGUGCUGUCCUUAAGUUUGCCCAAGCAACUGGUGCAAAUCCAAUUGCUGGACGUUUUACACCAGGAACAUUCACCAAUCAAAUCCAAAAGGCUUUCAGAGAGCCACGUCUCCUUGUUGUCACAGACCCACACAGCGAUCAUCAGGCUAUCACUGAGGCAUCAUAUGUCAACAUCCCAGUAGUUGCCCUUUGCAACACAGAUUCUCCUCUGAGAUAUGUUGAUGUUGCUAUUCCAUGCAACAACAAGGGUGUUCACUCUAUUGGUGUUAUGUGGUGGAUGCUUGCAAGGGAAGUUCUCAGACUGAGAGGAAUAAUUAGCCGAAAAACAGCAUGGGAAGUCAUGCCCGAUCUGUACUUCUACAGAGACCCAGAUGAGAUUGAAAAGGAGGAACAGCAAGCUGCUGCAGCCAAAGCUGAUGCCAAAGUUGAUGACCAAGUCUACCAAACUGAUUGGGGCUACCAACAAGAUCAAACUGUUGCCACAACUGAGACUGCAGACUGGGGCUCUGGUGUUGCUGCAACUCAAGAUUGGGGUGCUGAGCCAGCCACUACUACUGGAUUCCAAGCACCUGCUGCAUUUACUGCCACAGUUCCUCAAGCUACUGAUGAAUGGGGUGCAGAGGCUGGUGGAAACAGAGAAUGGGGUGCUUCAGCUGAACAACCUGCUGCUGACUGGGGUGCUGCCACUAAUGACAACUGGUCAUAAGAAAAUACAGCUAAUGUUAUGAAUAUAAGAGAAUGAGAAACAAAAGUUUAAA